AUGUUCGACUGUGAUCCAGAAAAUAUCACUGGGAACGAAUUUGCUGUUCCAAUAAGAAAUAAUUUAUUUGCACAAAACGUGAUAUUCGACGAUCUGCCAUCAGAUAGUCACAAUAUCAUUAAGAUUUUGGAGAAUACAAUAGCAAUUAAGAAGCAGUUGGAUCAACAAAAUGCGUUUUUGGAACAAUUAAAAAAAGAAAGUGCACCGGUAACGUUCGCAACAGCAGGCCCGAAUUCUAAUAAUUUGUCUAUCAUUCCAACAAAACCCUUCAAAAAGUUGAAAAAAUUGCUGGAAUUUGACACUUCAUUGAAGACUAAUGUAGAUGGUAAAAAACAACUG